CAAUCAAAACGCUGCCAAAGAAAUGCCGCUUUAACUCGACUAACCGUAAACCAUCAAAAAUUCCGGCUCCUGUCACGAAAUUGUGCUCUGACUGUGCAAGGAAAAACCAAACCAUGGCUGAUAUUUUGAAAAGGAUUGGCGAAGAUAAAGAAAAAUCUACAGCUUUAGAAGACGCUUUUAAAUCUUGUAGAUAUCCUGAUUCAUUGAGUAUGACACUUCUGGCUGCCGAUAUUGGUAUCACAGAAGAAGAAAUAGAGGUACGCGAUUUAUUUGCUUUUUCUUAGGUUAUUCUGCAAGGUAUAUCGCCUUAAACGAAUCAGGCAGUAACUUUUAGCAUAAAAAAAUUUUUUGCUGAGAUUUCGCUCCUGGCAAACCUUAAGAAAGCCAUGUGAAGUUUUAAAGGAAAUUAAAUUUCGAGUCGUAUAUAUUUUUUUUCGUCUGCCAUUGAAUUGCGCAUAUUUCGGGAAGCGAUAGAUUCAAAUGAAACAAGAAAUUUAUGGUUUCGUGGCAACUCGUAGUCCAAACGUGAGAGGUAAAUCGAGUGUUGUUUCUUGAGCUUGGACAUUGCGAAAUCAUUGAAGUUAAACCAACAAUUUUCAUCAACCGAUACUUACGGUGAGCUUCUUGAAUGCAUGAUUUGCCACAAAAUUCUCAAACAAAUUGGGUUCCUUUUAUAAAAGGCGCUGUAAAAAACAAAAGCUUUAAAUUGCAAAUAAUUUUCUCGAAAAUUUUUCGAAUACGCGCUAAUGUGCAAAAAUAAUAGAAACAAGCUGAAAUCCAGCAAUAGAAAAUUUUGAAAUUGUGCUAAAAAUUGAAAGUGUAUUGUAUUUCGAUAUGGCGUUGAAAUUAUGGACUGAGAAUUGUUUUUUAUAUACUUCUUUCUUCAAAUUUUCUUAUUUGCAUUACAAAAUAUUAAUUAAAAUCAUUUUCAAUUAAACCGGCUGAGCAAAGAUGUAAUUAAAAAUGGGCAUCAAAGGUUUUUUCAUAUUUCGGUGUUUUCAUUUAUUACAAUUUUCCUGUCAACAAAACACAGCAACUGAAUUCUGUGGGUUUUUCUUUGUUCCAGAACUGGUUUGCAGCAAGAUUGACAAAAUGGAGGAAAGAGGAAGGAUUUGUGCCUAUCGCAGAGCGGGCGGCAAUUUUAGCUCAGAGUAUGAAUAAAACUGGAAAGUAAGGCAGUCUUGAUGGCAUUCCGGAGGCAAGACUCUUUGAAUGAAGGAAAAAGAAUACAUAGGCAUACAUUAACUUAUCAAAGAGGCGGUGUUUGUGUCACUGUAUUCGCAAUGAUGAA